CCCGCCUCAGUCUCCUCAUUCCUCUCCCAGGCGAGAGGACCAGCGGAGGCACCUCUCCCGGGUCUUAGACCGCAGAGUCUGAGACUUAGAGAGAGGAGCCUGGGAGAAGACAGACUCUCUCUUCCCCCUUUUCCCAUCCCUUCUUCUUGCUCAGAGAGGCGAGCGGAGGCGCGGAGCUUUAGAAAGUUGAGUGGUCAGGAAGGUAGGUGCUUCCCUUUUCCCCCCUCACACCGAGGUGGGGCUGGGACCUCCGGACCCAGCUUCUCACCUCGUGGGGUGCACCCUUUUCGGCUGCAGCAGCCGAUGCGCAUCGGAGCCGCUCUCUGCAGAGCCAGAGGGCGGGUGGGCUUCUCGGUGUGCGCCUAAGAGAAUGGAUCGUAGGUCCCGGGCUCAGCAGUGGCGCCGAGCUCGCCACAACUACAACGAUCUGUGCCCACCUAUCGGCCGCCGGGCAGCCACCGCGCUCCUCUGGCUCUCCUGCUCCAUCGCGCUCCUCCGUGCCCUUGCCACCUCCAACGCCCGCGCCCAGCAGCGCGCGGCCGCCCAGCAGCGCCGGAGCUUCCUUAACGCCCACCACCGCUCCGCCGCCCAGGUGUUCCCCGAGCCCCCCGAAUCUGACCACGAGCACGAGGAGGCAGACCUCGAGCUGUCCCUCCCCGAGUGCCUAGAGUACGAGGAAGAGUUUGACUACGAAUCCGAGAGCGAGACGGAGACCGAGUCUGAAAUCGAAUCCGAGACCGACUUCGAGACCGAGCCUGAGACCGCCCCCGCCACUGAGCCCGAGACCGAGCCCGAGGACGAGCGCGGCCCCGUGGUGCCCAAGCACACCACCUUCGGCCAAUCUCUCACCGAGCGUCUGCACGCUCUGAGAUUGCGGAGCCCCGACGCCUCCCCGAGUCGCGCACAGCCCAGCACUCAGGAGCCCCAGAACCCCAGGCAGGGGGAGGAGCCCGAGCCCGAGCCCGAGGACAAGGAUCCGAGGGACCCCGAGGAGUCCGAGGAGCCAAAGGAGGAGGAGAAGAAGCAGCAGCGCCGCUGCAAGCCGAAGAAGCCCACCCGCCGCGACCCAUCCCCGGAGUCCCCUCCAAAAGGGGACCCAUCCUCCAAAAGGGGACCCAUCCCCAUCCGGCGUCACUAA